AUGGAGUUUCUAGGAACAACUCAGACUGCCAGUUACUGUGGCCCAAAAAAGUCAUGUGGUUCGACUGAGUUGCCUCCUGGAACAGUGACCCAGGAGAGUUACCAGCCUUAUUAUCUGCCAGGAUACCGAUACCUUAACUCAUGGCGACCCAGCUUAUUUUAUAAAGUCUCUAACAACCAGAGCUGUCAAGAUGAAGGCCCUACGGGCCGGAGCUCCUUGAGGCCUCCCACCAUCCUGCCUGCCCUGCGCACUGCCCUGUUUUCCAGGUACAACCGUCAUGACUGGGAACAGUCAAGCAUCGCCCAACUCCAGGGCGCUGAAACCUCUCGGCACUGGGCCAACAGGCUGACAUCUGACUCAGUAAGGUUGAUGCAGGACAAAGACCAGAUAAUCCGACAGAUGCAGGAUGGCACCUGUCGAAACCUGAGCCAGAGGCUGUCUGACAUUGGCUUCUGGAAAUCAGAGCUGACCUACGAAUUAGAUAGGCUACUGACCGAGAACCAUGGCCUGGACUCCUCCAAGAAGCGACUAGGGUGUGCAGCUGACGAAUUGGAGAAUCCAUUGCAGGUAGCUCUGGAAUGCUUGUACCAUCGUGAAAAGCGCAUAGGUGUAGAUUUAGUCCAUGAUGCUGUUGAAAAAAACCUCAUCCAGGAGGUUGAUAUGUUAAAAUGUUGUCAAGAUCAAAUGAGAAAAUUGGCAGAGAGAUGUGAACUGCAGCUGCGGGAUAACCGAGAUGCCCAACAUGCACUGGAAAGAGAUUUGGCUGACAAAAAUUCUGCCCAAUUUAUUGAUGAGAAGUGCUACAACCUGAGAAACACAUCAGAUGCCAUCAGCUUCUUCCAUGGAGUAGAGAAAAUAGAUGGCGCGAUCUCAGUACCUGAGACAUGGGCAAAGUUCAGUGACGAAAAUAUUAGACAUUCUCAGAACAUGAGAGCUAAUUGCAUCAGGAUCCGGGAAGAAGUUGACCAUCAACUAGAGAAUGCAUCAGAUCAAAUAUGGAAGCAGUUUACUAAUACCAACCUGGCCUUCACUGCCCGAAUUGCUGAAGUGACAGAUAUAAAAAAUAAACUACAGAUGCAGCUGGCAAGGACAUUGCAGGAAAUCUUCCAGAUUGAGAAUACCAUCAUGCUUUUGGAGAGGGCCAUCCUGGCCAAGGAGUGUCCUUUGAAGGUGGCUCAGACGAGGCUAGAGCACAGGACCCGGCGCCCCAAUGUGGAACUCUGCCGAGAUGUAGCUCAUUUCAAGCUAGUGAAUGAAACAUUCACCAUCGAUGACACCUUGCAGACUCUGAAGCUUCGACUGUGUGAGGCACAAGACACCCUGCAGCUUCUGGUCCUCACCAAGUCUCGCCUGGAGCAUGAUAUCGCUGUCAAGGCCAACACACUCUUCCUUGACAAGGAAAAAUGCAUGACGAUGCGGAAGACCUUCCCCAGCACCCCUCGCCUGGUGGGCUACUCAUGA